UUUGCCUCUGGGAUACCAAGGUGUCCACAUCAGACACAUGUUGACUGAGACCUAGAGUCAUGGAUAUAUGCUCUCGUCUUGCCCUGUGGCUCCUCUGGGGACUCCUCCCGCACCAGGGUCAGAGCCUCAGCCAUAGUCACAGUGAGAAGGCCACAGUAACCAGCUCAGGGGCCAACUCUGAGGAGUCCACUGCAGCAGAGUUUUGUCUAAUUGACAAGGCCCUGUGUCACAGUGAGGAUGAGAAACUCAGCUUUGAGGCAGUCUGUAACAUCCACAAGCUGAUGGAUGAUGAUGCCAAUGGUGAUGUGGAUGUGGAAGAAAGUGAUGAGUUCCUGAGGGAAGACCUUAAUUACCAUGACCCAACAGUGAAACACAGCACCUUCCAUGGUGAGGACAAGCUCAUCAGUGUGGAGGACCUGUGGAAGGCAUGGAAGUCAUCAGAAGUAUACAGUUGGACCGUGGAUGAGGUGGUACAGUGGCUGAUCACAUAUGUGGAGCUGCCUCAGUAUGAGGAGAUCUUCUGGAAGCUGCAGCUCAGUGGCCAUGCCAUGCCAAGGCUAGCUGUCACCAAUACCACCAUGAUAGGAACUGUGCUGAACACAGACUGGAGCCAUCGGCAGAAGCUGCAGCUGAAGGCCCUGGAUACAGUGCUCUUUGGGCCUCCUCUCUUGACCCGCCAUAAUCACCUCAAGGACUUUAUGCUGGUGGUGUCUAUCCUUAUUGGUGUGGGCAGCUGCUGGUUUGCCUAUAUCCAGAACCGCUACUUCAAGGGGCACAUGAAGAAGAUGAUGAAAGACUUGGAGGGGUUACACCAAGCUGAGCAGAGUCUGCAUGACCUUCAGGAAAGGCUGCACAAGGCCCAGGAGGAGCACCACACAGGCAGAUGGUCUCAGAAUAUAGAGGCAGAAGGCAAUGCCCAGGGCAUCCUGGAGGACCCAGGCCCACUGGUCCUCGUUGCGGAAGAUGCCCCACACCAUGCUGACAGCCACGCAGAAGAGUGCCAGGAGCAGCAUGCUCACCUGUGGGCGCUUGUGGAAGUAGGGCAGGCUGUUGUUGGGGACCCUGCACUCGCCAAAGGGCAGCCACUGCACACAGGGCUCCAGGCAGCUGUAGAGGCCGGUGACAGAGGCCAGGCAGAAGAUCCUGAUGACCACAUACAUGAGGAGGUCGUAGAAGUGGUAGAGCAGGACCAGCAUGGAGCUGAGACAAUGGGGUCUUCUAGAUACACUAUCAUGUCGUCUGCAAAUAGAGACAAUUUGGCUUCCUCCCUUCCUAUUUGAAUACCCUUUAUUUCU